CUCUUAUUCCAACCUUCCAUAUCAACCUCUCUCUCCUAAGCAUCAAAGAUAAUUCUUCAUCCUCAUUGGCCUUUAAUAAAUUAUUAAACCUGCAAUGAAUUCCGACCCCUCCCCUACAAAUUAACCUCAUCAAUUCGUUAAUCACACUCUGAUAAACUCUUCCUUCCAAAAAAAAGAAAAAAAAAGAAGCAUCCCAUUCUGAAAGUUUCCGAAAUGAGUAGUAGUAGUAGUAGUAGUAGUAGUAGUGGUAAUAUUACAUUACAGGCGGCACCAAGCGACGGCCCAUAUGAAGAAACCAGUCCUCCGGGACCCUACGGCUACAGCCUCGGAAUAUCUUUCGGCAUCAUUUUAUUGCUCAUAAUCAUCACCUACUGUUAUUACAUCCACAGCCGGUACCGGAGAAACGCUGAGGCUAACAACAACACCAUCUAUUACCAGCGAAGGAACUCCACCGCCGACACAACCACGGAUGACGAUUCCAUACUGGGCUCCCCGGAAUUAGGCGGCCUUGAUGACAAAACCCUCCAAGCAUACCCAAAGCUCCUUUAUUCUCAGGCCAAGAAUCACGAUCAAGGCCAAGGCGGCGGUCCUGAUGAUAAAGAUGAUGAUGAUGAUGAUGAUGAUGAUGGCCGGUCUUCUUGUACGGCUUCCGGGUGUUCAAUUUGCUUGCAGGAUUACAAGGAUACUGAUGUACUUCGUUUGUUGCCGGAAUGUGGGCACUUUUUUCACGUCAAGUGUGUGGAUCCAUGGUUGAAGCUUCAUCCAACUUGUCCAAUCUGCAGAAAAUCACCGGCUCCUUCUCCCGUAGAAGCUACUGUCCUAGAAUUAGAAAUGCCCCGCCCCCAGUACACUCCAUAGAAAAAUAGCCAUAGACAGAUUAGAUGUAUUUUUGUUGGAUAAGAUCAAGUGGUAGGCUGGUACCUCAUUAGCCUCCAUUUUUACAUAGUUGUCAAUUCAUCGUGUGUAUUCAAUACUAAUUGAACAUAUUUUUAGUUCCAAC